AUGUCUGCAGCGGAAGCGGUAGAGGAGCCGCAACGCGUGCAUCAAUAUGCUAUACUGCCGCUGACGGCCUUGGCUCUCCCUGCGGAGCAUCUGCGGCCGCCAGGCUGGAAGUUCAGAGCGGUUGGGCCGUCGUCGAACCGAGGCUUGCAAGAGCUGGAGGUCGAUGACGUGGUCAUCCUGACCCUAGAAUAUGGGCAGGGCCGGUGCAGAUUCCACGUCGUCAAGGAGCUGCACCAUGCGCAUGGCUGCGGCUAUCUGCUCGAGCCAGUUUUGCGAGGAGUAACUUGCCCGGUCUACCUUGAAAGAGUUGGCAGCCUGGUUUUGAACCUUGACUUCAUGGCGGAGCCAUUUAACCCGCGGUCGAGCCGAAUUUGCGUCACCAAAUUGUCUGGUGACACCGUGCUCCUGCGCAGCUUUUCGCGGUCGAGCCGCAUGCAGGAGGUGCACGAUGCCGUGACGCGAGUCCUUGAGCUCAGCGACCUGGAGUCCUUGCGCUUGCAGUACACGAUGGCUGGGUGCAAUCAGCCUGUGCGACUGCCGAAGUUGAUGACCAUCAACAAGUUUCUCGCUUCCCACGGCCCAGCCUCCCAACAGCAGCGCGUGCCAUGGAUGCAGCCCUCCUCUGAGCCGCCCUUGAAGUGUGCCCGGCGUUGA